CGAAACCCGGUUGACCGGUCGCUUUCGCUCACCUCGUGGGUGACCGUCUUGGAGGGUGCUGUGACAGCGAAAUCGCGACCGCUCCAUGCGUGUGGACUUCAUGGUCUCUCCACCAUGGAAGCGCUGCACGGCAGCUGCGCGAGCACCGCGGACGGGCGCGCGGUUCCACGGACGCCGGAGGUGCUGAUUUGGAAGACGCGCGGGACUCACGUGAACGCAGUGGAGCGGCCGGCUCCGGAGUUGUUCCAGCCGGUGGUUCCACUGCGCUCCGUGCAGUGCGGGACCGGACCUUUGGGACUCAUUGCCUUCGUCACCAUGGACCAUAAGCUCUACCUCAUGGAGCCUUAUGGUGAAAGUGGAGGCCCUCGGCUGGUGGAGCCUUUACUGGAGCAUGAGAUUCUGGAAGCGUCCAGCAUGGGGCAGUUGCUGGUGGCCAUCACCACACAAGGAGCUGCCUUUGAGGUUCUGAACCCAGCCGGCCUCCACGAGCGCGCAAACGCAGGCGAUCGGAAGGCGCAGGCGCUGUGCAGCAGCGGCAUGGUGGCCACGUUUGGACGUGUGCAAGAACUGCAACUGCCAGUCUCCGUGGGCCGCGUCUCCUGUGGUCCAAAGCACUCGCUGUUGCUCUCCCUUGAAGGCUUGGUCUUUUCCAUGGGCGUUGGUCCUCAGCUGGGCCUCGGAGAGUUGCAAGAAACUCGUAUCCCAGUGUGCAUCCAAGCCAUGGCGCAUGUCCAGGUGUGCGACAUUGCAGCAGGAGAGGAGCACAGCUGUGCCAUCACCAGCUUUGGCAACUGCUUCACCUGGGGUGCCAACUCCCAGGGCCAACUGGGCGACGACGACGUCGAGGGCCGGAGCGCACCGAACUUGGUGGAAGACUUGUUGGGCGCCAUGCGCUGUGCAGCUUCCAGUGGCUCCGCCGCCCUCACCAAGGAGGGCGACGUGAUCGUGUGGGGCUUCGCCACGCGCGCGGCGCGGCCGCGGCGCGUGGCGCUGGAGGGCGCGGUGGUGGCGCAGAUUGCGCUGAGCGGCGACCUGCUCCUUUGCGUCACGAUUUCUCACGAGCUGAUUUUCCUGCCGCUGUUUGUCGCGGCCAGUCGCGGUCAGAGGGGCACCCCUUGGAUCGCACAUGGAGAUGUCCUGCAGGUGGCCGCCUCCGACUCCUUGGUCGUCGCGCUGGCCAGUCCGCCCCCGGCGGAGGAGCCACGCCUGGGCGGUGCCAUCGUCACCCAGCCAGCCGUCCCAGCGCGACGGCCGCACGUGCGUGUGCCGGAGUUGGUGAGUGAUGCGCAGCUCACUGCGGCGAAAGAACGCUUGGAGCGACAAGUGGAAGAGUUACGUGCCGAGCACUUCUUAGAGCUUUGCGGUCUGCGGCGCGCGAAGAAUGCCGCCGACGCGCGGGCGCUGCAGAUGGCCGCAGUGCAUCAGCAGCAGCUCCAGAGCAGCCGCCAGGAGCAAGAGGAAGAAGUGCAAGAGCUACGCAAGGAGUUGCACCUCGUGCGCGAAGCGUUGUCGGAAGAGGAGGCCCAGAAGACCGCGCGACCGUCCACGCGCCUUACCAAACGUGCCAACGCGGCACUGCGCCACUUGCAGUCCACGAGGGACGAAAUCUUGGAGGAGCAGCAAGAGCUGGAGAUGAAAGAUGAAGAGUUGAAGUCCCAUGUGGAACACUUGGAGUCCGAGCUGGGUUGCUCGCGUGAGCGCUUGGAGCGGCUCAGCCCUGCAGUGAGCUUGGCACAGCAGGUGCUGCUCGAGGCGCAAAACGAGGAGCAGCUGCACAUGGAGGAGGCUCGGCAGGUGCGGCGGAGGGGCCUCGAAGCGGAGUGUCACGCCUCGGAGCGGCAGCUGGAGCAGCAGCACCUGGAGGUCGCUCAGCUGUCGAAGCGCCAGGAGCUUGCUCGCCUGCGCGAGCAGCGGGAGGAGCUGCUGCGGACGGUGCACGCACAGCGACAGCGCUGGGAGCUGAGCCUGAGAGAAGAAGUGGAGGCCUCUCGAAAGCGUGUGGAUGACUGGCAAAAGCGGCUCCAGUCUCAGGAGGCGGAGGAGCAGUCGCUGCGGGACGCGCUGCGCGUCCAGGCGACGCGCUUCGCCCAAAACGCCAUGCCGCUCUACGCGGAGGUGGAGCAGCUUCAUGCCAAGCUCUCUCCUGACGACCGACCUGGCGCAUGGCAAGUCAAAAGACCGUGCAAGGGUCCAAGACAACCAAGCACCUGGCGGUUGGUGAAUACAUGGACCAAUAACUGACCAGACCUGGUUUUGCUUAAGGUGACAUGUUUGUUGAAUGUAUUCCCUAUAUGGAUAUAUCAUAUAUCCCCUAACCUGGUUUCAU